AUGGAAUUGCCUUGUACACACAAAUGUUGUCUUCACUGUUUGCGACAAUGUAUUUUACAAAAUCCUUCUCAAAAAGUCAUUUGUCCUGCAUGCAAUACUGUACAUAAGGUACCCACCAAUUGGAAAACAGUUUGGCGCUAUCAGCCUUUGAAUACCACAGUUCAACACUGGGAACCAAAGCAGGAUCAGGCAACGAAGAUAGUAAUUAAUUUCGUCGAAAGUUCAUACUACAAAUACACAUCAUCAGCACAGCGAAUUAAAAUUAAAGCCGUCAAAGAAAUUAAUAAUCCACGACUGCAAGCUGAUUUUGAAAAGUGUAAAAGAACGCUUGGUUACACAAACAUUAUAAGAUUGCUACAUGGUACACUACCACAUUUUGCAGAAGGGAUCGCAUUGGAAGGAUUUCGGAUUCCAACCAGCUUCGAACGAAAUCCAGAGAAUGAUGCUGAAGGCGAGCUCAAAUUCGGUAAAGCGUUGUAUUUUUCCUAUGGCAAAAAAGCCACUGAAUAUGGAAAAAAUACUCUAGUUCUGACCGAUUGUCUUCUUGGCAAAGUUCAAGAAAAAAACCAAUCAGAACUUAAACUAACGCCUAAGAUAGUUCACGAACGUGGAUACCAUACGAUUCAUUAUGAAAAUAGCAGUGAAGGUCCGGUGAAUCAAGAAUGGGCUAUCUUUCGUACAGAUCAAUGCUUACCAGUUUUCAUCAUCGAUUAUGAACUUAUUGAUGCCAAUGAUGUUAUCGAGAAUGCACUUGUUGACGAAAUCAAGACAAUGAAUUACCUUUCUCCUGACUAUAUUCUUCUUCAACAAGCACUCUUUGGUACCGAUAAUCAGUGCAAAGCUGUUCUCAAACUUAUUGGUGAUCUUGCUCAUCAGUCUCCCCCACAUUCAAGUAUCAUUACUCGUCAGCUAUUGUCACGAAUUGGAUCGAUGAAAACGAACUUAUUAUUAAACCAUCAAAAUGAAACAAUUCGUAUUUUAUUUCUUCGAGCGCUCUGGUUAUCAGGCAGAGAAGAUGAACCGCUGCAGAUAUUCUUCUAUCAACAGCUAGGACCCAAUAAUCUAAUCGAAUCAUUAAUUUCAGGUUACGCUGAUGUAUCUUGGAGAGCGUGUGGUGUUUUGGCAAAUAUGGCUGCAUAUAUACCGGAAAUUCGAAGUAUAUUAACUACACCACAUGUUGUUGUUCGUUUCAAGGCUUUAUUACAGCAAGGUGUGACGACUCAAGAUAAACUAUGCAUCCUCACAAUUGUUAACUUAUUAGCAAACAUUAGUAGCACAGAGUACACAACUAUGAAAAAGGAAAAAGAUAUUCAGAACUAUAUGAACGAUACACUUAUGGAUCAUCCGGAUACAGAAAUCCAAGAGGCUGCAAAUCGAUUCUUUUGUAACCUAAUCGGAAAAGGAAUUGUAACACCAGAUUGGAAACGAGCUGGCUAUAACGUCACUGCAGUAGCACCAGACCUCGAAUAA